AGUGAAGGAGGAGGGAGGAAGAGAAGUAGAUGAGCGACAAAAGUAGAAAAGGUAGAGAGUAGAACAUCCAUCAUUAUAUCAUUUUAUGUUUUAUAUUUAUAUAUGUUAGGUAGACUUGCAAGUUGCAACACUGCCAUUGAUCUCCUGCCAUUGAUCUCCUGGGCUCGCUCGCUUUCAAGUUGUUCUCCCGCCCCCGAUAGUCGAGUGUGAGCAGUUUUGGACGGGUCCCCGCACUAGCAAGUUCCCCUCAAAGGGGGAAGUAAAUAGAGCAGGUGGAGAGGAGGGUGAACGGUGGACAUCGGAGCUUCAGGGCGAGAGUCUGAUUCUGUCCUUCAGAGAUGUCGAAAAAAACAGAGCUAUUUGGCAGUCUUGUCCGAUAUGGCGACAAGAGCACGCAGGUUUUUUUCCGAAAUGGUAGUUUCAAACGGCACGUUAUCUUUCUAGGUGGUCUUUCUGAUGGCCUGCUUGCCACAAGGUAUAUUGAGCCUCUUGCACAAGCCUUGACUGGACUCGGCUGGUCCGUUAUCCAGCCGGUGCUCUCGUCAUCAUGGUCAGGAUAUGGAAUGGCAACACUGGACCAGCCCAAAUCCGCUGAGAAACUCUUGGGGAUGGGGGGGUUGGGGUUGAAGUAUAAGGGGGUAUAGGGGUGGUAUAGGGGGUAUUGGGGGGGGGCAAUGAGGGUGUUGGGGGCGGUUUGGGGGGAUGUAUGGGUGUAUUGCAGGACGCUA